GCCCAGCGAGAUGGGACGAAGAGCAGACGGGACAAACCUUGGGCAUUCCCGAAGACUCGUGACCUGCAAUUAGCCAUGUGGAUGCGGGGUUCCCUCCCUCCCCCACGGGCCGAGCAGGGCAAGCAGGACGCCAAGUGUCUCCCAGAAGGAGGAAGCUGCCCCAGCUGAGGCUAUGGGGAGGCGUGGGCACGCUUGUGCCAGAGGAGGGCAACAGGGAGCCCCGGGGAGGGGCGGGCGGCCACAAGCUGAACCAGGCAGCCCACAGGGUGUGAAGGACUAGCCGGAGUCAGGUUUUGGUGCCAUGCACACAGGGAGACUUAGAACCCAGAGAGGACGUGUGAGUUGCCUAAGGUCACACAGCAAGUUAGAGACUCGGCUCCAUCACUUAUCGGAUCGUACCUGUCUCACCGUCCUGUUCUGCGGCCUCCCGGUCCAUCGUGUCGCCAUGGACAGAAAAGUGACAGUCCCCGCGGACGGGCCUCCUGUGGUCUCCUGGCUCCCUGAGGAGGGAGAGACGUUGAACCAGGAAGGCGAGGACCAGGUGAAGGAUCGGGAACAGUGGACCAACAAGAUGGAGUUUGUGCUGUCAGUGGCCGGGGAGAUCAUUGGGCUGGGGAAUGUCUGGCGGUUUCCCUAUCUCUGCUACAAAAAUGGAGGUGGAGCCUUCUUCAUCCCCUACUUCAUCUUCUUCUUCACCUGUGGCAUCCCGGUGUUCUUCCUGGAGGUGGCGCUGGGCCAGUACACCAGCCAAGGCAGUGUGACAGCCUGGAGAAAGAUCUGCCCCCUUCUCCAGGGCAUUGGUCUGGCAUCUGUGGUCAUCGAGUCCUAUCUGAACAUCUACUACAUCGUUAUCCUCGCCUGGGCCCUCUUUUACCUGUUCAGCUCCUUUACCUCUGAGCUGCCCUGGACAACCUGUACCAAUAGCUGGAACACAGAGCACUGCAUGGACUUCCUGAAUGGCUCGGGAGCCCGCACAGCCACUCCCUCCGAGAACUUCACCUCGCCUGUCAUGGAAUUCUGGGAGAGACGUGUUUUGGGCAUCACCUCGGGCAUCCAUGACCUGGGGGCCCUGCGCUGGGAGCUGGCCCUGUGCCUCCUGCUUGCCUGGGUCAUCUGCUACUUCUGCAUCUGGAAGGGGGUCAAGACCACGGGCAAGGUUGUUUAUUUCACGGCCACGUUUCCCUACCUGAUGCUGAUUAUCCUUUUGAUCCGUGGCGUCACCCUUCCCGGAGCCUCUGAGGGCAUCAUUUAUUACUUGAAGCCCGAUUUGCUUCGCCUCAAGGACCCCCAGGUGUGGAUGGACGCAGGCACCCAGAUCUUCUUCUCCUUUGCCAUCUGCCAGGGGUGCCUGACCGCCCUGGGCAGCUACAACAAGUACCACAAUAAUUGUUACAGGGACUGCAUCGCCCUCUGCUUCCUCAACAGCACCACCAGCUUCGUGGCCGGCUUUGUGGUCUUCUCCAUCCUGGGCUUCAUGGCGCAAGAGCAGGGGAUUCCCAUCUCCGAAGUGGCCGAGUCCGGUCCUGGUCUGGCCUUCAUCGCGUUCCCCAAGGCUGUGACAAUGAUGCCCUUAUCCCAGCUGUGGUCCUGCCUUUUCUUCAUCAUGCUCAUCUUCCUAGGGCUGGACAGCCAGUUUGUCUGUGUGGAGUGCCUGGUGACAGCCUCCGUGGACAUGUUUCCCAGUCAGCUCCGGAAGAGUGGGCGGCGAGAGCUCCUCAUCCUGGCUAUUGCAGUCGUGUGCUAUCUGAUAGGGCUCUUCCUGGUUACGGAGGGCGGGAUGUAUAUCUUCCAGCUGUUUGAUUAUUACGCAUCUAGCGGUAUAUGCCUGCUCUUCCUGGCAGUGUUUGAAGUGAUCUGCGUCAGCUGGGUGUACGGAGCAGACCGUUUCUAUGACAACGUUGAGGACAUGAUUGGCUAUCGGCCAUGGCCCUUGGUGAAGGUCUCCUGGCUCUUUCUGACCCCUGGACUUUGCCUGGCCACCUUCCUCUUCUCCUUGAGCAAGUACACCCCUCUCAAAUACAACAACAUCUACGUGUACCCUCCCUGGGGCUACUCCAUCGGCUGGUUCCUGGCUCUCUCCUCCAUGGUCUGCGUCCCACUCUUUGUCAUCAUCAGCCUUCUGAAGACCCAGGGCUCCUUCAAGAAGCGCCUGCGACAGCUCACCACCCCUGACCCUGGCCUGCCACAGCCCAAACAACGCCUGUAUCCAGAUGGUGGUACCAGCCAGGACGGCGGGCCUUCUCCAGCAAAGGAGGGAUUUAUAGCUGGGGAGAAGGAGACCCACUUGUAGGAUGUGGCCAGCAGUCAGGUGGCUAUGGAGCCAGGAACCUCUGUUAGGGCCACAACGGUGGACAGCCUUCACCUCCGUCCCCCACCGCAGUCCAGCUUCAGACCUCUGUGAUGUCCGUGGGUGCCCCCAGCCAGAGGCCAGGCCGCUCGCUCCUCAGCUGGGGCAGCUCCUUCUGUGGGCGAGAGGUGGUCUGCUACACCACACCAUACUGUUGGAACACACCUUCUUAUUUAUAAAGGAGGGUGGUCUUCUUUGAGUCCACCAUCUGAUUCAAACACAUCACGCUGUAUGGGAGCUCCCGCUGUAGGGAUGUUCCAGCUUCCUGUAUUUGUGCUUUGGGAGGGUAGCGCCGAUGGGGAUACGUAUCACGUUUGGACUCAGAGAGCCUGAUGGAACAUGGUGGGUUGGAAGUGACAACAGAACACACCAUAUUUGUUCACACAUUCCAUUAGAGGAGGUUCUUCACUAGGCUUGGUGUUCUGAAGGAAGGAACUAGAGAUACAAAAAUCUUCCACGAGCCAUCAGGGUCUCAAGUUUUCCUGGAGGCUUCUCAAGGUGCCCCUGGUUCCCCACGCUUCCUGAAAUCUGUGUCCUCGGCUCAUGGAACAUUGGAAUGGAAGGAACUUAGAGAUGAUCCCUAGACUGUUCAAAGGCAAGAGUGUCUGUACCUUCCUGUGCCCAAGGCAGACAUUGCUAAUCGAUAACAGAGUCUUCCCACCACACAGUCCUUCCAAAUACAGAGCUCCAGGCAGCUCCAUUGGCCACCCUGCUUUUGUCCCAUCUCCUGACUUCAUGGGUAAGAAAACUGAAGACCAAAGAGAAAGUGACUUUUUCAAGUUCACAUAACUAUGCCCAAAACCUAGUCUCCUUUUCUCAGGCCGAGGUUCUUCCCAUGAUACCCUCCUGCCUUAGUUAACAAGUAUAUAUGGAUUGUCUGCUAUGGUGUGCUAGUCUUCUCUGC